UUUAGACAAAGAUUAUCCAGAUAAUGAGGUUCCUGUCUGUCUCUGUGGCGAGUCGCUCAUAGCAUAUAAACGAUGGGGAGCACGUUGCCUGUUAGAGUUCAGAAGAGGAGAACAGAUGUAUUCUAUCACAGACUUCUGCAAAGAGAUGACUGCAGCCAUGAUCAUACUGAGAUUGUGUGUGCUACUUCUGAUAUGUUCAAGAUUAACAGAUGCUAAGGUAGACAUCAUCACUAAUGGCCCAGAUGUGCUGAUCGGAACUGACGUUCUGCUUUUGUGCAAAGUUGAUGCAGAGGGAGAUAUCAUUUGGUUAAAGGAUGAAGAAGAAUGUGAAGAUCUUUAUUUAGUCAAGAAAGUGGAUGAGUCAUCAAGUAAACUGACCUUGAAGAAUGUUCAGUUAGGUGACAGUGGAGUCUACACCUGCAAGUUUGAUAAUGAUCACGGCACCAGGAAGAACAGCUAUCAAAUCUAUGUCUACCAGACACCGGACUUUGGCACCACGAGUACAUACCAUGAAUUCCUGGUGAACCAGACAGUGAAAGUUCCCUGCAUGGUGUCUGGGAAGCCUGAGGUGGAAGUCCAGUGGUAUCGGAACAAUCGCAUGGUGAAUGAUGAAGGCAGAGGUCAUCUCAAAAUAUUGUCAGAUAAAUCCCUGCAAAUUGUGGGAAUUCAGCAGGAAGACCGUGGAAACUACACCUGUGAAGGCAGGAUCAAAGGACGCCCCAUCUCAAAGACACUCCAAAUCUCUGUUGUUGUUAAUGAGCCACCGACUGUAUUGAUUCAUCAAGAGAGAAAGAGUGUUUUUGCUGGACCUAAUACCAGUGUGUCUAUAAUCUGCCAGGUCAAAGGAGAACCCACCCCAAAUAUUACAUGGAUAACCCCUUCACCAUUUGACAACUCCCGUUACAAAUACAACUCUGACAGAAGUGAGCUCAUCAUCUCUGCAGUGACCAGAAGUGAUUUUGGAGAGUAUGUUUGCACGGCAACCAAUAAGAUCGGGGAAAACAGCGCCAUAUUCAUUCUGGAUGUGUCAGAGCGUCCAACUGUAGUUUUGGAUAAAAGCAGGCUAACCAUUAUUCCGGGGGAAACUGCAUCUGUAGUCUGCAAUGCCACAGGACAUCCAUCUCCAACCACACAGUGGAUCAGAAAGAUAACCAAAGAGAAAAUGUCCAGGGUAGAGGGAUCUGAACUGAUUCUUGAAAAUGUGAUGCCCUCUGAUGGUGGCUUAUACUCCUGCAUAGCCAGCAACACAGCAGGAACAGCCACUGAGGACUUCCAGUUAAUAACCUGGCCUGGCACGCCUACUAAGUUCAGUGUGUCCCCGGGGCCCUCAUCUUCGGUCCUCAUCCAAAGUGUCUCAGUGCAGGACGGAGGGUCCCCUAUUGCCCAGUACAUCCUACAGUGGAAGAAACCAUCCGAAGACAACUGGAGUCAAAGCAUUGUCAAGCCCUCAUAUCCUCUGGUCAUUAAGGCCCUUGAGCCAUACACAGAGUACUUAGUCCGCUUUGCAGCCAAAAACACUCAUUAUCAGGGGAACUUCUCUGCCGAGAGAAAGGUUGUGACACUGUCCCAACGAGAACCCAACAACCCUGUUCUUUCUCUGAGUGAGAAAAAGCUGGAGAAGAAUUCUGUCUCCAUCCCUAUUAAACAGCAAAAUGACGGAGACUCUCCCAUUCUACACUACAUCGUACGCUACAGAGUGAACAAGGAGAAUGAGGAAUGGAAAGAGAAUGAAUUGCCUGGAAACUCAAGUAAAAUACACCUGCAUGGCCUCCAGUACAACUCUGACUAUCAGAUGGAAGUUUUUGCAGUAAAUCACAACGGUUCAUCCAGCCCCGACAAGGUUAACUUCACUGUCCCACAACCUGUUUAUCAGCCGAGUGUAGGGAAAGGUGGUGUGGUGGGCAUUGUCAUGGUCAUCUUCUUGGUGCUGAUGUUAUCAGUAGAUGCUUUCUGUUGCUACACCAACCACUGCGGCCUGCUCAAUUUUCUCGCUCGUAAACUGUUGGGACACAAAGUGGCAGAGUCUAAAGGCAUAGAUGAAGAGGCCAAUAAUUCCAGUGGGGAUGUGAAGCUGAGUGGAAUAGCGAUACCACAGGGCAGCAUCCCAAAACUUCAGGUACCCAGUGGGGCAGGGAAUGGCGUUCAUUCAGAGGUCACAUGUGACAAAGCGCCUCUUACCAAAUUCGAGAAAAAGCCAGAAUGUGCUGAUCCAACAGCAGAAGCCUAAGUGAAGAAAUGUAUCGUGUGAGGAAACUUCACACACAUCAUUUGCUUGUUAAAAAUUAUGCAGUCUAGAACAAAUAUACUGUAUAAACAGCAUGAAGACAACUGUUAUUCACAGGAAAACUCUCAAAUACAAUGUGAUGAAUGUUAUUACAAUACAUACUUUUUGAUCAGACUGCAGAGAAAUGUAUGUUGACCUCUUACAGUAAUAAUUAAAAAAAAAGAGGUGUAGUCUACUGCUUAAGAUCCAGCUCUGUAAAUAAAAGAAAAAUGCUGCUUAAGCUGAAUCCAAGUUCAACAAUGAGCAGAUAAAAACAGAAUGCAGCUAUUGCUCAAUCUAUCUCUUUACAAUUUGAUUUUGACAUUUCAUAGUUUUAUAUUACUGUCGUAAUGGGAGCAUAUUAUUUCUCCAGGGUAUCAAUAGUUAAUUUAUUGUGCAUUAACAUAUAUGCCUGUGUUAAUAAUUGUAUAAAGUACUGGUAAAUAUAACCAUUUAACAUUAUAUUUAUACAUUCGCUAAUAUUUUUGUAUUUUAUUUGUUUUUGCAAAGUUAUAUUUUCAAAUUAAUAUGUUGUUACAUAAAUACACCCAAGUAUGAUUUUUUGGGUCAAGGGACAGUAAAUGUGGAUGUAAAUACAGAUACAUGCAUAAAGAUGUACAUAUAUAUUUAUAGAUUUUUUUUUUUUUUUUUU